GGCAUCCGUCUCUUAGCAACGAGCUGUUAGCAAGAGUGCUGUAGUGCGGCGCGCAUGCGCAUUUCAGAACAUGGCCCUACCACGUAAACAAUGCAGCUCAGCGGUGAAGAUGUGUGGAAGUGCCACUGUCGCUCAGCGCCACCAUAUCGGACUCCAGCAGUUAGAGGCUAUAGCUGCCACCACACAUGGCUUUCUGGGCCCCAACAAACGGCCCAAGUUUAUCCAGAAUGAAGACGCCAGGGAUGCGAUGUUGGUCAGCUCCUGUUCACGUCUGCUUGAGUGUAUCGAGCUGGACGGCUCAGUCGGACAACUGCUGCUUGAGACAGUACAGGCCCAGCAGAAGCUCUUCCACUCCGGGACGGGCGUGCUGGUGUUUCUGGCUGGAGUCUGGGGAAGAGUUGCAUUAGAGUGUCUAAACAGAGGAAUAACUGUGCUGGAUAUCAAAACAGCCAUGAGAAAAGGACUGGAGGUGUGUUUGGAGGUGUGCAAACAAUCGGCUGUAGGUGUAGAAGAAGUUUCUUGCCUGAAACUAAAGGACUGCAAACCUACUUCAGCUCUUAAAUCAGUCAUUCAGGACACAAAGAUGCAGCACAUGGAUGUUAAACACUCUCAGAAUCUCAGGUUGACACUAAAACACAGCAGACACUUUAAUUUCCAUGAUGCACAGACUGAAAACACACAAAAAGCUCUGAAUGACGUAACUCACAUAGCACAAGCCGUCAGCCACGGAUGUGACUCCUCCAUGCGUUUAGUUUUAAAAGCAUGCAAAUUGCAAUCCAAAAACACAGAAAAUGCACAGAACAGAUGUUUGGAUAUUCAAAAACUGGUCACGUGCCUCAUUCCAGGCCGGUCUGAGGAGAAAUCAUGCGUGUUACAUGGCUUUGUCACGUUGCUGUCAGUCGAACAAGCCUCUGUGGUUCAACGCCUUCAGGGUCAGGCGUUAAAUAUCGCUUUGGUGAACGGCGAUUUGUGCGAGAAGUAUCGCCACGUGGGUUUUAACAGGCCUGGGAAUGUCGUGCACAUCACGGAUCACGCUAACAUGUCUGGCGUGAGUCUGGAAGAGCGUUGGAUUGAGGAUGUAUUAAGAAAACUGCAUGAAUUCAGCAUAGAUGUUGUGCUUGUGAGCGGCACAGCUGGCGCAAAACUCAAAGACCGAGUUCUCGGCGCAAACGUCCUGGUUAUUGAAGGUGUUAAAAACAGCGUUUUGAAGGACUUUAGCACUUGUACAAGCGCUGUUCCGGUUUCGUACGUCACACAGAUCGACGAGAACUGCGUGGGACAGGGAGUUACAGUAAGUCAACAGAGAGAUUUCAGUGGAAAAAAUGAUUUAGUCGCAAUCAGCAUUGUGACUGCAAGCACAUCUCUGGUCACGGCGGUCAUAAGCAGCUCUGUAUCUGCUAAACUGCAAAGUUUGGAGGAUCAGUUUUGGAGCUGCGCUCAUCGGUUGCACCAAGCGCUCACAGAUGGGAAGUUGCUGCAUGGUGCAGGAACCACCGAACUCCUUUGCAUCCAGCAGCUUCAUCAAUCUAAACAGACAGAGAUGGAAAACCCACAGGAAGGUGUGGUGCUGGAGCUGAUGGCCGAAGCCUGGAUGGAUUAUGUCUCCACUUUGAUGAUGAACAGUGGGUCGGUGGGGUCCAAAGCAGAGGCUUGGACGGCUAUUGCACAUCAGAUGAGACAUUAUAAAGAUGCCAUAUCGCGGGAUGCAGAUGGAGCUGGUGUGUAUGAUAACGUGACAGUGAAGUCUGAAGCCUGGAGGAGAGCUCUUGAUCUGGUGUUUUUGGUGCUUCAGUCUGACACGGAGAUCAUUACAGGUGUCAGUGAAGGAGAAAAUGUUUACAGGGAGCUCAUGUAUCUUUGAUAUCUGAGGCAUAAUUAUUAUUAUUUUUUAAAUCAAAAUAGAAUUUAAACUUUAUUUUCAUAUAUUCUUCACUUUGAAGAUACUUUAGGUCUUUUCUAUUCAAGUAAAAAUAUGCUAAAAUACAUGACAUUAUGAGUGUUUCAAAAAUUUGCGUAAUAAAAUGAAUGGUUUUGUUGAAUGAAUUUGUUUUUUUAUUUAUUAUUUGUCUGUUUUGUACAAAAAUACAUAUAUGUUGGAAAUGAUCAAGUCUAAUAAAUAAUUACAGAAAUUGCCUAAAAAAGGAAUAAAUACAUAAAUUCAGGACUAAAUUGUGUGG